AUGAGCAAAGAAGACGAAGCUGCUGCUCGUAACAUUAAGCUCGUUAGAUAUACACAUCCUAGCCCACAAAAUUGGAAAGGUAAAGAUGGAUUGGAAAAAUCGAGAUCGCUGCCGGUUCAACACAAGAAGAAAAGCGAAGGUAGGCUAAUGGAUAUGUUGAAAUCUAGAAGCGCCAAGUUUCAUAAUCUUACUGUGAAUCGCAGUCUAUCAGCGGGACCUAAGGACACACGUAAUGGUGUUAAAAAGAAUAAAGAGACAUGCUUUUUACCUGUGAGAACUCCAAACACCGUUUCUCGUCCAAACCCAAUUUCUCCAAGUGCUGUACAAAAGUUGAAUCUGGAUACACGUUUAAUCCCAGGUAACAAUUCUUCGAAUCAUGGAUCAUUUACUUCUAAUGUUAAGAAAAUGCUAGAGGAGCAACGUCCUCAAUUGAAUUCUAUACAAAAGCAACAACCCGUACCGCAUACAUCGUCAAGAAGUGCCAAUACUACUCCUAAAAAAACCGAUGGGACUUUUCAAGGGGAGAGGGUCAAAUCGCCACAAUUGGCCAAAUCACCACAACAACAGCACUUAAAGACUAAUGAUAAAAAAUCUGAGCAUGAAGAUGGACGUCAGGUAGAAAAAGAAGCCGACCAUAAAGAGGAACAACGAGAGGAAAAAAACAAAGAACCUCUGCCGCAAACCCAUCCUAGUGAAAGAGGAAAUAGCAUACGACCAGAACGACGUCUGGAUGAAAAUCCACACAGGGAUCAAUUCAACAAAAUACCGUCCCAGCGGCAAGAUCGCCUUGAAAUCGAGGCCGAACAGGCUGCUGAACAAUCACGUCCAAGUUCAACGGAAUCACGAUUCAACGAUGAGACUGCUUCGUCUUCAACUGAGCGCACGACUCCUCAAGCUAUAGAACCGGAAAAUCGACAUGAUUCAAUUCGAUCCGGUUUACUCAAAUUGUUUAAACAAGUGGAGACUGAGAAUCUUGCAUCUGAUAGUGAUUCAAAUUUUAGAAUUGUUCAAUUGCUGCAAGGUAAAAGAAGUGAAGCAGGGGAACAAGAGGAACAAGAGGAAGAAGAAUUCGAAGUUUCUGACUUUGAUGAACGCGAUCGUUCACUUCAAGGGAGUGUAGUGGCAUUUGAAGGAGAAUUAGGACCACCAGAGGACUCAGGAACUUCACGCCUUGAAGUGGUUUACCUAUCCGACGAAGAAGAAGAAAAAAGACCAAGGCAUAAAGUCCUGCCGCCCAGUUCAGGUUUAUUGAGGCCUGCAAGUCCCAGGAGAUCGAUUCCAGCUAUGAAAGAUCCUAUGGCGGAGAAACGUAAAAAUGAUCGUGAAGUAGCUGUGGAUGCGCUUGCUAAACUGAAAGACAAGAAGACUUUUGAUAAGGAUACCUUUACACAAAUUAUAGAAAAAGGUGUUGCUGAUCACAGAGCUCUUGAAGGUAAUCCAAAUGUUAGUGUAACGAAUGACGUUUGCUCAGUAAACAAUUACGAAACUUCUCAUGCCUAUUACUAUCAACAAUUUGAUAGAAGGUCUAAAUUAGCAUGGUUAUCAUUACAUGAACCCACAACUAGUACUGGGAAUGAGCCGCUCAAAGAGAUUUGGAAAAGUGAACUAUUGGCAAAUUUCAUGUCGUGUACAAUUUUCUUCCAUCCUAUAACUUCUUCCAAUCUAACUGCUGAUCAACAAAGUUCCUUGGAUUACCAAAUCAGUCAAUUGAAGAAAUUGUUGCAAAAUAAAUUCUACAUCAAGUUAUCGGGAUCUUUGGAUAAAAGAGUGGAUAUUGUGAUCUUAUAUGGUCAAAACGAAAAAGUGUUGAAUGAACUUCUGGAAAAGAAACAAAAUUCUUCAUUUCGUGUGUGGUCACUCCAAAGAGCUUUGAACUACUUACAGGACGUUGGAAUUGAUCUACAAGAGUGGAAUAUAGAGAAAGACGCGCAGGAUCGUGAAUCCAUCUUGGAUGUCCCAAUCUCUGAGGAUUCGAUUCAAGAGGAUAUUGAAGAUUCGACCGAAGAAGUAGAAAGGGAAGGGAAUAAAGAAACAGAAAGAGAAGAAGAAAAUGAAGAAACGAAAGAAGGAGAAAGGGAAGAGCAUAAAGAAACUGGAAAAGAAAAUGCAGCAGAAAGGGAAGAGAAUAAAGAAACUGGAAAGGAAAAUGCAGUAGAAAGGGAAGAAGAGAAAGAAUUAGAAAAAGAGGAGGAUGAAGAGUUAGAGGAGAAAGUGGAAGAAGAACCACAAUCUGAGAAGAGAGAGCCUAACCCGGAGAAGAAUGCACCAAAACUAUCGAAGAGUCCACCAAAAAGAGUGGUCAAAGCGAAAUCUUCAAGAAAAAAGGAUGCAUAUGUUCAAGAAUUAUUGCAACAAGCCUCUGGUGCCCUGGACAAAAGAGAUGCCCAACUAAAAGCUGCUCAUAGCAUUAUAUUAGCCCUCUCGAGGGAUGUCAUGCAUCAAGAAGUCCAAAUCACGUCCCUAACUGGGCAAUUGAAAUAUUCCAAGAAGGAACUAGAUCGCCAAACUGAGCUUGCAGAACAAUAUAGAUUAUGCAUGGCGGAGCAAGAAGUCGAAAUGGCACAACUGCGAAUUCAGUUGGCAAAGAAAAAAUCCAAGAAAAAUCGCCGAGCAUCUCCAAACCCUUAG